AUGGCUGCUCUUGCCGAGUGUGUGAACGUGAGGCUGAACGUGGCGACAGGACGCCGUGAGGCUGACCUGGGAGGAGGCAGUCCCCCACAGAGGAACUGGAAAGGAAUCGCCAUCGCUCUGCUGGUCAUCAUUGUGGUCUGCUCUCUCAUCACCUUGUCAGUCAUCCUGCUCACUCCAGAUGAAAGCCCGGCCGGCAGCGACACCAAACUGACGGUGGACGACUUGUUCAAACCCCAGUUCAAAGUUCACGAUCCUGAGGCCAAAUGGAUCAAUGGUGAGUGUUUCCGCUGA